CGGCGCAUAUUCAUUCACGCACACUCGUGCGUCGAUCGUGUUGUGUUGCUCCGCUUGACUUUAAACUUUUGUUUUUUUUCGUCCUGCGGGCGAGUCGACCACUUGCCUUCCUUACCUGCUAGAACGUUGUAUUAUCUAUGAAAUUUACAAACUUUUGUGUUAUUAAGUGAAUAGAAUAUAAAAUUAUUAGAUAGUUCAUAGUGUUAACGUUGUCGUUAAGUCCAGAUGUUAGUUCAAACGGCAACAACCUCAUUCCGUGUCAACAAACAAACAUAAACAGUGAUUGAAACCAGUUUAUAGUUUCAAACAAAAACUUAUGUGAAUUACAAUGGCCUAAAGUAAUCCAGGAUGGGUAUGGGUGUCGUAUUCUUGUGCCAGAACGUGAUUUUCGUUGCAACUUCACCCACAUAACGUUUAUGAUAUAAGAAACAAGAUGUCUGUUAUAUACAAAGCGGCAAUACUAAUCGUACUCAGCGCUCUCAGUAAGGGUGAACUGCCCGAAGAUGACUUCAGAAUAAUAAACCGACAAGACUUGCUGGCGACGGACAGCGAUAUGUUCGAAGAUAAGGAGGCGCGGGCAUACUCACAGCUGCUAUUCGACGUAGCGAGAGAUCAAGUCAUCGUUGGGGCCAGGGAUACAUUAUACCGACUGUCACUGCGAGGCUUAAGAAUUCUAGAACGUUCUGAAUGGCCCGCUGCUCCGGAGAAGACGAGAUUAUGCCAAGUAAAGGGGCAGACGGAGGAAGACUGUCACAAUUAUAUCAAAGUUCUUCUGUCGUACGGACACAAGCUGUUCGCCUGCGGUACUAAUGCCUUCAGUCCGAUGUGCAGUUGGAGAGAAAUAGAAGAAAUAAGGAAUGUGUCAGAGUGGAUGCCGGGAGUGGUGCUCUGCCCUCACAGCCCGCACUCCAACGUCACCGCAUUGCUGGCCAGCAACGGGGAGUACUAUGCUGGUACUCCCACUGACUUCGCAAGCUCUGAUACUACUAUAUCCAGGAGUCGGGGUGCAGCGGUAGUAGAUACUGGCAUGUUGCGUACAACCCAGUACGAUUUGAACUGGCUUAACGAACCUCACUUCGUGGGCAGCUUCGAGGACGAUUACUACGUUUACUUCGUGUUUAGAGAGGUCGCUGUUGAACAUUUGAAUUGUGGCAAGACGAUAUAUUCAAGAAUAGCGCGCGUAUGUAAGAACGAUUCUGGCGGUCACCGCGUCAUGAGACACAAUUGGAGUACAUUCCUGAAGGCGCGGCUGACGUGUCCCGUACCCGGGGACAUACCCUUCUACUACGAUGAAGUGCAGAGUGUGGAAUAUAUUCCACAGGAGAAGAUAUUAGUCGCUACAUUUACUACACUUACUAACAGUAUAACCGGCAGUGCUGUAUGUAUAUACAAUAUGUCUGAUAUUCGAGCUGCCUUUGAGGGCCCUUACAAAGUUCAGUCCUCGCCCUCCUCAGCUUGGGAGCCUCGCGCGCCCUCGCACGAAUCCAGGGAACACUUCAGAUGCGCUUCUGAUACCAGAAUACACGAAACAAUGGAGUUCCAAAGAUAUCAAUUAAUGUACGAAUCAAUUCGCCCUAUAUCCGGUGAACCUGUCUACAAAGUGACGUCACAACGCUUCACACACGUGACCGUUGACGUCACCAAAUCCAAACAGAUGGACAAACAGCUCGUCGUGUUUGUUGCUACGCAGAACAGUGACGUCAUCAAGCUGGCUAUACUUCCCAGAUAUGAAGGCGCUUGUUUGGUGGAAAUAUGGAAAUUGAAAGAUGCAACUGGCAGUAUCAAUAUAUUGACUAUGCAGUUUGUUAAAGAUACGAUGUCAGUAUACAUCGGUAGUGAGUUAGGCGUGUUGAGGGUCGGCAGCGAGCGUUGUGCGCGCUACCUCAGCCGGUCAGGUUGCGUGGCCGCCACCGACCCGCACUGCGGCUGGGACGACGCACGCGAGCUCUGCGUCCGCGCAGCCCCACAUCUACAUGACUCUUACUUCACACAGACCACCACCACCUGUCCCACUGUGGAUACACCUGUGGACGGUGGCUGGUCAUCAUGGUCGGUGUGGGAGCGCUGCAUGCAGGAGGGCACGCCGGCUGCCGCGUACGCGGACGACCAGCCCGACAUGUGUCUCUGCCGCACACGGCGCUGCGACAACCCAAAACCUGCUAAUGGAGGACAGCCUUGUAAAGGUGCUAGUAUCUCGGUGGCGAACUGCACCACGCACGGGGGCUGGUCGCCGUGGUCGGGGUGGUCGGAGUGCAGCGCGUCGUGCGGCAUCGCGGUGAAGUCGCGGCGCCGCGCCUGCUCCGCGCCCGAGCCGCGCCACGGCGGCCGCGUCUGCGUCGGCGUCGACUCGCAGGACGUCUACUGCGGGAACCUGCCGCCGUGUCCCGACCCAGCAUUAGCUCCGGUCGACGGGGGCUGGUCACCCUGGGGGUCGUGGUCCGCGUGCACUGGCAGCUGCGGGCCCAACGCGGGGACCCGCGAACGCCGCCGACACUGCACGGACCCUGUACCUAAACACGGCGGCGCUGACUGCGAGGGUCCAGCCACUGAGAAACAAUUAUGUGACCUCAGACCAUGCGAGGUCAGGAAGGCCACCGCUUGGACCCCUUGGGUGCAAAUACCUAGUAACAUUUCUGAUGGCAGUUAUACGGAGAAACGUUUCAAAUUCUUAUGCAAAGCGCCUUCACCUGAGCAAAUAAAGUUAUCCCUAGCUCGUGAAGAGGAGAGGUAUUGCAACCCUGAAGGCACAUGCAGCAGCACUCCUAUAGAGGAGGAGGGUUGGGGGGAGUGGGGCUCGUGGGGGGCGUGCUCCGCGGCGUGCGGCGGCGGGCAGCAGUCGCGCGCGCGCCGCUGCCGCCGACAGCCGUGUGCUGGCGCGACAGACAUGCUGCGCGCUUGUAACACACACGCUUGCACUGGCGAAUGGUCGUGCUGGAGCGAGUGGAGUGCGUGCAGCGGGGAGUGCGGCGCGGGGGCGGGGGCGGGGCGGCGCACGCGCACGCGCAUGUGUCUGUCAGCGGCGGGCUGUGCGGACGCCGGCGCGGCGCUAGAACGACGUGUCUGCUUUAAUACCUGCCCAGAAUCAGAGAGUGGUUGGGGUGCGUGGGGCGCGUGGGGCGCGUGCUCGGGCGGCGAGCGUGUGCGCACGCGUAGCUGCGAGGCGGGCGCGUGCGGCGGCGCGCGGGCGCAAGUCGCACGCUGCUCCGACGACACUGAACUAGAUAAUGAGUUGUACGCAAUGCCGGCGUACAGCCAGAACGUGGAGAUGGCCUCAUUCGUGACAGGAUCUGGGAAUGAGUCUCUGAGCGUUGGUGCGAUUGUUGGCUGCGUGGUGGCCGCGUUUACUAUGGGUUGCCUCGUGUGCCUGGCGGGGGUGGUAUUCUGGCAGCGGCGGGGUGCGGGGCGCGCGCGAGUGCCCUCCAGCCCGCACUACAUCACCGCCAAGCAGAACAGCUACGUCACCGUACCUCUUAAGGAAGUUCCGCGUAAAGCUAAACGCCAACCAUCGUUCAGUGGUAUGAGUGGGCCUAGCGUGCUACUCUCAAAGAGUAAUAACAUUCCCGCCAAUAACCAUAAUACGGGGCUGGCAACACCCAAACUGUACCCCAAGGCGAUCGCUAAUGAAUACGACUCCGGUACAUUAAGACGACAUUCCAACCAGCCUAAGAAUAACCUUGAUAUUGAAGAAGAUAAGUUCUAUUGAAAGGUCAUUGGUUAAAUGGUUAACCAUUAUUUGAAAAUAAAACAAUGGCUAUCUUGGUGUGUAAUCAAAGAGCUCAUAGAUUAUAGAUUGACCUGUUUCGAUUAAAUCGGACCCAUAUUCAAGAAUGUUGACUUUAUUUGGUGUUUGUGACUUUAUGGACCUCUACGGACGUUAAUUCUUUAUUCCCAGUGUGACAGAUGUCAAUCUGACAGCUGUCAAAAGAAUUUAAUUAAUUGACUAUAAUCUUUUUGUGUUAGUGUUAAAGUAAAUUAAAUAUAUUAUAGCAAACCUAAUUCGGACUUGAAGUUUAAGAAAAUUAAGUGAACAUCUAGUCGGUUUGCAUUGAUUGGAGUAUAUUUUAUACAGUUUUGUGACGUCAUAAGUAUUGUAAGAUGUGAUUGGUCGCUAGAUUAGGUUAGUUUUAAUUCGUCCAGUGCCAUCGUAACUAAGAAUGUGUUUUUAUACGUAUUUUAAUAAAUAUCUUAUUUACAUAAUAAAUAAUAUAUACAAGAACAAAUACAUGUGCCAUGUAAAUAAUAGAUUUUUUCCCCAGUAUAUAGUAUCAUUUCAAGUGCAGUAAAUAGAAUUAUAUUUUCUAAUAAUUGUAGUAAAAAUGAAAUGUUUAUGUUACGUUAAGAUUGUUGAACAUUUCAACAUAAAUAUUGACUCAUGUUGAGUCUGUGUGUGUGAUUAUUUUUAUAUGCUUUUUUAAAAAUAGAAUUCAAUGUAUAUGUUGUAUUUAACUUCUAUAUACAUAUAAUCUAUGUAAAUACAUAAUGAAAUUAUAUUUUGAAAAAUAUUCUUGACUAGCUGUUCCCGUGCG